AUAGUUCAGUCAAAGUCAGCUGAAGGCAGGAGGAAGCACUAGAGAGAGCCCCCCUGUUCAGCGAGUCUCUGACGUUUAUGGACUUGGCUCGCUAGAAAUCUCAAGGAGAUGAUGGCAGGAAUGAAACUCCAGCUGGUAUGCAUGAUGCUCCUGGCUUUCAGCUCCUGGAGUCUGUGCUCAGAUUCAGAAGAGGAAAUGAAAGCGUUAGAAGGAGAUUUAUUGACCAAUAUGCACACAUCAAAGACCAGUAAGGCAAGUGUUCCCUCUUGGAAAAUGACACUGCUGAAUGUUUGCAGUCUUGUAAAUAACCUGAACAGCCAAGAUGAGGAAGCAGGAGAGUUUCGUGACGAAGAACUUAUGACAAGAAGGAAAUUUCCUGCUGCCUUAGAUGGCUUUAGCUUGGAAGCAAUGUUGACAAUAUACCAGAUCCGGAGUAUCUGUCGCAGCAGGGCCUUUCAACACUGGGAGUUAGUUCAAGAAGAUAUUCUUGAUGGAAAUGACAAAAAUGAAAAGGAAGAAGUAAUAAAGAGAAAAAUUCCUUACAUUCUGAAACGCCAGCUAUAUGAGAAUAAACCCAGAAGGCCCUACAUACUCAAAAGAGGUUCUUACUACUACUGAGAUGGAUAAAUAUUUUAUUUACUUGUGAUUGUGACUUAUCGUUCUUUAAUUAAAUAUCAAAUUACAUUUGUGUGGAAAUGUGUCAGGAUACAAUUAUUUUGUCUCCUCUACAAUUGUGGUUUAUUGGAUGUGAUUUUUCUGCAUUAAUGUAAAUUGGACUAAAUGUUUUCAAAUAAAUUUAGAUCUUGA